GUCCCAAAAGUGUUGCUUGACAGCAACGCUUUCCGGUGUACCGUGCUCUAUAUAAUAGCAGCCGACUGGUACCAAAAUUCCUCCACAUCAGUCCUCGAGGAAGACGAGAGCAGCAGCGGAACCGGCGACGAUUUUUCCCCAAUUAGGAUUCUAGGGUUUCGAGCGACCAUGGAGAGCGCCUUCGCGAACGCCUCUGCGAUCUGCGACCAGAGGCAAAAGAUCGAGCAGUACAAGCACAUUCUAUCCUCCGUCAUCUCUUCCAACGACGUAGCCCAGGCCAAGAAGUUCAUCGACCAUAUGCUAUCCGAUGAUGUGCCUCUUGUGGUUUCGCGGCAGCUUCUGCAGACCUUUGCGCAGGAAUUGGGGAGGUUGCAGCCGGAGACUCAGAAGGAGAUUGCUCAUUAUAUUCUCGCGCAGAUUCAGCCACGGGUCGUCUCGUUUGAGGAACAGGUGCUUAUUAUACGGGAGAAACUUGCGGACUUGUACGAGUCUGAACAGCAGUGGUCAAAAGCAGCGCAAAUGCUCAGUGGCAUUGACCUAGAUUCUGGAAUGAGGGUCAUUGACGAUACGUUCCGGUUGUCAAAAUGUGUCCAAAUUGCUCGCCUAUAUCUUGAGGAUGACGAUGCUGUUAAUGCAGAGGCUUUUAUUAAUAAAGCAUCAUUUUUGGUUAGCAAUAGUCAGCAUGAAGUACUGAAUUUGCAAUAUAAGGUAUGCUAUGCAAGGAUUUUAGAUUUAAAGAGGAAGUUCUUGGAGGCAGCAUUACGUUAUUAUGACAUUUCUCAAAUUGAGAAGAGGAAAAUUGGUGACGAAGAGAUCGAUGAAGAAGCAUUGGAGCAAGCUCUGUCUGCUGCUGUGACAUGCACAAUUCUGGCUGCUGCAGGACCUCAGCGUUCUCGUGUUCUUGCUACUUUAUACAAAGAUGAACGGUGCUCGAAGUUGAAGAUUUAUCCAAUCCUUCAAAAGGUGUAUCUGGAGAGAAUUUUGAGAAAACCAGAAAUUGAUGCAUUUGCAGAAGAACUAAAGGCACAUCAGAAAGCACUUUUACCUGACAAUUUUACUGUGCUUGAUCGUGCUAUGAUUGAGCAUAAUCUGCUGAGUGCCAGCAAACUUUACACAAAUAUAAGCUUUGAUGAGUUGGGCACAUUGCUGGGCAUUGAACCUCAUAAGGCUGAAAAGAUAGCGUCAAGAAUGAUUUAUGAGGAUAGAAUGAGGGGAUCUAUUGAUCAGGUGGAAGCUGUCAUACAUUUUGAAGAUGACACUGAAGAAUUGCAGCGAUGGGAUCAACAGAUUGUUGGCUUGUGUCAAUCUCUCAACGAUGUCUUGGAUAGCAUGGCAAAGAAGGGGUUGUCAAUCCCUGUUUGAGUUCCAUUGAUAGUGAGGUUUAGAACUGGAUCCCGAUUGUUUCUGCAUAUGCUUAAAAGCUACCGGUCCAGCUGUUUUUUAAAUUGUAAGGAUUUUAGUUUCAUGAGUA